UCAUGCAACACUCCAUCAUCACAUUCAAUGACCGCAGCAUUUCUUAUUGUUCUCAGCGUGGAAGAACAGGAGGCCUUGUCAUCAUCCAUUCCCGGUCUUGAUCGGCUCCAUCCUUAACCCACAAUUCACGCCUCCCCUCGUCACCCUCUCGAUACAUAUCUCGAAAGGAAGAGCCAGUGUUUCUGCUGCUGUGCCGGCAACCAGAACGGCGACCUCUUCCAUGCGCCAUUAAUGACGUAUAAAGCUCGCCAUCGACUCCCGUCGCUGGGUUUUGCCUCCUUCGGCUGCUCCAUGAUGACCCACUCGUCCCAUCAAACCCAUGCUGUGUUUCUCUUCUUUGCGCUUUCGUUGCUGUGUGUCGCUACAGGCGCUGCUGGGUGCAACCGGACCUGCGGCUCCGGCCCUGCCGUCCCCUACCCCUUCGGCUUCUCCGCCGGGUGUCCGAUUCGUCUUAACUGCUCCCAAGACGGCGCGAGAUUCCUCGGCGAGUUUCGCGUUCGGAACAUCACAACCGACGCCGUGCACUUGGACGUGCCGCCGGUCUGCGACCGCUUCAUCCACCGCGCCACCGCCGGGCUCUUCGGGGCCAACUACGCCAUGACGGCGAGCAACGCGCUUUUCCUUCGCAACUGCACGUCCAAAACCGGAUCCGAGUGUAGCAUCUCCACCGAUAUCAUCGCCAAGCGGAUGAAGCUGACCAGCUGCGGGCCCAAGGACGACGACAUCAGCUGCUACUCCAGCGGGAGGACGGACGGGUUCCUAUCCGACGCCAACUUCACGGCAGCCGCCACUCACUGCCGGCUCCUGUACACCUCGGUGAGGUACGGCGAGGACGCCUCCUCCGACCAACCGUCGCUCGUAUUCGGGUCCGCGGAGAUCGGGUGGUGGCUCAACGGGGAGUGCCGGUGCGCGGCCAACGCCACCUGCAAGCGCGUGGACGUGCCGGUCGACCCCCAGAGUAGCUCCAAGAAAGGGUUCAGGUGCAGCUGCCACGAGGGGUUCAUCGGCGACGGCUUCGCCGAGGGCGAGCGUUGCCGGAGAGAUGCUGCAGCAUCGAUAAGCUCCGUUCCCGGUGGCAAAGCUGGUGCUAUUGUUGGAGGGGCCGUGGCUGGAGCCGCUCUUUCUCUUGGCUUGGCACUGCUCUGCUACCUCGUCAGACGCCGGGGGAUCGUCUCCCAAGUGGAGGAAUCCGGCACCCGACGCCUGCUCGACGAGACAUCCUGCACCGUCGCCGUCUACUCCCACAAGGAGGUCGAACGUGCCACCGGCAACUUCUCCGAUGCGUACAAGCUCGGUGCCGGCGCCUACGCCACCGUGUACAUGGGACGGUUCUCCAACACCGGCCUCGUCGCCAUCAAGAGGCUCAAACACCCUGACACCGACAACAUCGAACAUGUUAUCAACGAGAUCAAGCUCGUCUCCUCCGUCAGCCACCCCAACCUCGUCCACCUCUUGGGCUGCUGCAUCGACAGCGGCGAGCACAUACUGGUCUACGAGUUCAUGCCCAACGGCACCCUGUCGCAGCACCUCCACCGCGAGCGGGGCAACGGCCUGUCAUGGUCCGCCCGGGUCUCCAUCGCCACCGAGACCGCCAGGGCCAUCGCGUACCUCCACACCGCGGUGCACCCGCCCAUCUACCACCGGGACAUCAAGUCCAGCAACAUCCUGUUGGACUACGACCUUCGGCCCAAGCUGGCGGACUUCGGACUCUCGAGGGUCGGCAUCGUGGAGUCGUCCCACAUCUCGACCGCGCCGCAGGGGACGCCGGGCUACGUCGACCCGCAGUACCACCAGAACUUCCACCUCUCGGACAAGAGCGACGUGUACAGCUACGGAGUGGUGCUGGUGGAGAUGAUCACGGCGAUGAAGGUGGUGGACUUCCGUCGUGCGGCGAGCGAGGUGAACCUGGCGUCGCUCGCGGCCGACAAGAUCGGGAAGGGGCUGGUGGAGGACAUCGUAGACCCGAUUAUCAAAGAGAAUUGGAACGGUCAGACCAGGGCUUCGGUGCAGAAGGUGGCGGAGCUCGCUUUCCGGUGCCUGGCGUUCCACAGGGACGCGAGGCCGUCGAUGGCGGAGGUCGCAGAAGAGCUGGAAAAGAUCAUGAUGGAGGAGUGUAGCCCAGCUCAACCUGAAGGAUCGGAGGAGCAACAUGAUGAGCCACAGAGUAGGAGGUCGGCGGCGGAGAGCGUAGUGGUGGAGAAACCCCAGGCAGUGUCCCCAGUUUCAGUGCAGGAUCAAUGGACCAGUGAGCGUAGCUCUUCUCCUUGUUCCUCCUCCUCUGUUGCCUCCUCGAGAAAUCUUAAUCGUUGAAUCUAAUGUGCAGUAGAAUUCCUUUGUAGGCUAAAAGCUGUUGAUACUUUGCAUCGAGUACAACCAAGUUUUCCUUACUAUUCUUGUAACUGAAGUGUUUGCCGAAAUGGUAUGCCGAUUACGCAUCCUUCAAAAGGUGGCUCUUUUGAGUGAGGUGAGCUUCACCAAGGAGCCGAGCGGCGACGCACCAACCUCGAUCUCGAAGGAGUCGUAGCGCAGGAAGAGCUCCACCACCAGCAAUCGCGCCACUGUCACCACGAAGUCCUUCCCGGCGCACUGCUUGUUCUCCGUGGUCGGUCCCUCCGUCUCCGGCCCGUUAGACCACAGCACGUGACGCAGCAGCGCCGCCCCCUCGGCUCCCACGAAUCGGUCCGCCACGAACUCCUCCGCACGCUCGAACACCCGUGGGUCCCUCGUCGCAAACGGCUGGUACCCGAACAGCACCUCCCCAGCACGCACCUCGAACCGGCCGUCGUGGCUCGCCACCACCAUGUCCCGCUUCGCCCGCCCGUACUGCAGAGGCAUGGGGGGUUCCACCCGCAGCGCCUCGUACACCACCGACCGAGUCAGCGGCAUCGCCGCCUCCACCGCCCGCACCAUCACCUCCCCGUUGCCCGUCCCACGCACCGCCGACCGGACCUCCUCCGCGAUCCGACCGUGGAGUCGCGCCCCGGCCCGGCCGAUCGACUUGAUCAGGGUCGGGAACAGGAUCUUCAUGCCGCUGAAGGCGUUGAAGCAGGUGGCGAACAUGACGUUGUGGAGCGCCUCCUCCCUCGAGACCCCGAACCGCUUCGCCUCGUCCAGGAACGGCCCAGCUGACUCGCGAAAGAAAUCGGUGAGCCGGUCGUAGUCGGCCCGGACCAGCGCCGGCGGGAGGCGGAAGGAGUGGAGGAGGAAGUCCUCGAGGUAGGGUGGGAGACCGAGCUUCAGCAGAGGCCCAAGCUGGAACAGAACCCACUUGUUGAUCAACCCGGGGCCGUCUAGGCCCAGCCUUGAGCCAGCCGGAUCUGUUCCGAAGAAGCACCGCACCAGGAAGUCGAAUGCUGCUCGGUCAUUGGCGGCGCUGAAAUCCGCCUUCCCCUCCCUCGCGAUCUCCGCCUCCAUCGCCUCGAACAGGGACCCAAAGCUUCGGCGGAACUCGGGGACGACGGCGUGGCGGCGGGAGCCGAGGAGGAAAAAGAGUAGGCGCUUGAGCUGGGCGUGGUUGGGCUCGGCGGGGUCGAGGUAGGGAAGGACGCGGAAGCCGCCUGUGAGCUCGGUGGAGGGCAUGAAGGUCCCGGUGAAGAGGUCGCGCUUCUCGACGAGGGAGGUGUCGAAGAGGACGGGGAAGCUGGCGGCGUCGAGGAGGGCCACAACACGGGGGUCCGGCGCCACGAAGGGGCCCGGGGGCACGUUGACUCGGAACACGGUGGAGCCGUAGCGGCGGAUGCGGGACCUGAAAAACUGGUCGCGGCCCUCGAAGUAGAAGUAGGCCAGCCGGUCGCAAAGCGGGCCGAGGAAGGGGAGGCCGUAAUCGCCGGGAAUCUUCCGCAGCGGAAGAUCAGCGGAGGCGGAGGAUGAGACCCCGAUCGAUGCAGGACGCCGGUGGGCGCCGCUGCGGGAUCGACUCGGGGAAAUAGGUGUUCCAGACGAAAGGAUUAACGAAGCAGAAGAGGCCAUCGUCUGCCUUCGAAGGAGAAGCGGUCGUCGUUGUCGUUGCCAGUCGAGUUGAUCUCUCGGCUAAAUAAUAAUAAUAAUAAUAAUAAUAAUAUCUGUUAUUUUAUAAUAUAUUUUAAAAAUAUUUAUAUAUAUUUGUGAGACUGAAAUGCCAGUCUUUUAUAUUGCUGUUAGGUGAUCUCCUACUAGUAAAUUGGCAUAUGAUAAAAGAGUUCUUCUCCCUGUAAGAUUACUUGAGGCAUAAGAAAACUCAUCUUGAUUGUUCCA